AUUGCCAAAAACAACAAACAAGAUCUCUCACAUUUGGAUCCUCCGAAUCUCUUCCCUUUCACUUUAUUAUUAUUCACCCUUUUCCCAUUACCCCUUACCAUCACCAUUCAUUCGUUAUAAAAGCAAAAGCAACUUAGCAUCUCUUUCUUCCAAUUUUUAUUUAUACCAUUCAUCUACUUCUUCAUUCCUUACCUUAUCUCUUUUAUUGCUGCUUCAUCAUCUUCAUUCUUAACCGAUCCAUUAUUAUUCUGUCAACGGAUGGCUGCCGCCGGCGAUGUUUUCAGGCACAGUUUGCCGGAAGUGGGUGCCGGAAAGCUGCACGUGCUUGCAGUUGAUGAUAGCCACGUGGACCGCAAGGUUAUUGAACGCUUGCUAAAAAUCUCAUCUUGCAAAGUGACGGUGGUAGAGAGUGGAACCAGAGCUCUACAGUAUCUGGGAUUGGAUGGGGACAAGAGCGCCCUUGGUUUUGAUGGUGUGAAGGUUAAUUUGAUAAUGACAGAUUAUUCCAUGCCGGGGAUGACAGGAUACGAACUACUCAAGAAGAUAAAGGAGUCAUCUGUUUUUAGAGAGAUUCCCGUGGUGGUUAUGUCGUCUGAGAAUAUCUUGACCCGAAUUGAUAGUUGCUUGGAGGAGGGAGCAGAGGAGUUUCUGUUGAAGCCUGUCAAGUUAUCAGAUGUUAAACGCUUAACAGAUUUUAUCAUGAGAGGUGAAGGGAAGAAUGGAGUACAAAAAUCUCAAAAAAGAAGCCGAUCCGACGAUUGCGUUCUGUCUAGGUCAACUGCAUUCUCAUCAGUUUCUCAUCCUUGUGAUCUAUCCUCACCAACUGUUUUGUACUCCAAGAAAUCAAGAUUGAGCAUAGAUUGAGCAAUGCUUUCUUUUUUUUUGUCUCCUCUAUUUUGGCUAAACCAUUGUUCAUAUCCUAAAGCCUCUGAUGUAGUUUGCGCUUUAUACUAUAGAUUGCUGACAAUGAAUAUUAGGAUUAGGCAUGUGGAAGAGGAUGUCAGAAUCACCUUUUUGGCCGCUUACAACUUUUUUUGCUGAUUUUGUUGUACAGAAGUUCAUUAAAAAUUAAUGAGAUCCUUGAUUUAUUUCAAAUUUAUGGCUACCCUUUGUCUGU